AGACUCUGUCGGUGAUGGCGGAGGAAAUCCUCUGCGACUCCUUCCCAGAUCUGAACGAGCUGGAAAAUAAGAUCGGGAGAAAAACCCCGGAGAGUCUCCUUGCGUGGAUGAGGGAUGCUGCGGACUGCGAGGAGGACGGCUGGACGUCCGACGCGCUGCACGGAGGAGACAGCAACUUCUGUGACAACAUGUGUGACAAAAUUAACAGCUUGAAACAAGAGAUGAAGCAGCUCCGGUCGGCCGACGUGAGGAUCCUGCGGCAGCUGGUGGCCGUGCACGAGGGCAUCGAGGCCAUGCGCUGGCUGAUGGAGGAGCGCGGCGCGCUGACCAGCCGCGGCAGCAGCCUGACCGGCAGCCUGAGCAGCCUGGUGAUAGCUGAGGAGCAGGGCUGCUGCACGUCUCCCUGCAGAAAAAGCCCAAGCCCCGCCUUCCCCCUGGAUGUGGCUGAAAUCAGCGGUGAGAGACCAGCAGACCAGAAGUCAGUCGCCCCUGACGACGGCUGUGUGACUGGGUUUGAGUUGCAGGAGCAGGACUCAGAGGCUGCACACAUGCAAAACAUCAGAGGUGGCGCCGAGACCAUCAGAAGAGCUCUGCUCAGGUCCAGCAGGGCAAAGAGACCCCUGAAAGUGGACUCUGAUAGUUCCCCCGGUCAACCGUCUGAGAAAAGUUCAGGUCACCCGGCUCAGGAGAGUUUCACGCCCCCUCCAAACAACGCAGAGACGAUGCUGCUCGGUUACGAUGCUCAGUGGUGCUGGGUGGAGUCGCAGGACGAUGUGACUUUUCUAUGAUUUUAUUUGAGCCGUGUCUAAAUAUCCUUUGCUCUGAAACCCCUCAGCACAGUACGGAAGAGUAUCAGGGCCAGGCAGGAGAAAAAUGAAAAUAAUAUUUUAGAGGAGGAAAAUUUUUUUUUCAUUAUGCACUUUGAGAAAAAAGUGGAAAUGUCGAAAAAAAAGUCGAAAUGUCGAGAUUAAUGUUCAAGUACAAUUUCGAGAAAAAAGUUGAAAUGUUGAGAAAAAAGUACAAAUUUUGUGAAUAAAGUUGAAAUGUUGAGAAAAAAGGCGAAAUUUCUACUUUGAAAUUGUAUUUCAACAUUAAUCUCGACCAUUCCACUUUUUUCUCGACAUUUACACUUUUUUCUCAAAAUUUUACUUCAACAUUAUUCUCGACAUUUCGCCUUUUUUCUUGAAAUUGUACUUCAACAUUAAUCUCGACAUUUCAACUUUUUUCAAUGAAAAAAAAAAUAUUCCUCCUCUAAAAUAUUAUUUUAAUUUUUCUCCUGCCUGGCCCUAAUACUCUUCCGUAGCACAGAACGGCCAGUGACACGCCAGACUUUUAAAUGCACUUUGAGGUUUGCGUCUCGCUCCUGAGAUCGGUGUUUGUGAAAAACGUCCGAUCCUGAGUGUCCUCACCCUGUCAGAGCUUUGUUUGUGAUGUGCUUGGAGACUUUUUGCUUUCACGAGCUACAAAGAAAACCAAAUAAAAACUUUUGAAAGUGAUUUGAAUUAGAAAUAUUAAAGGAGCCCAAUAAAACUUACUGAAAGUGUAAUUAUAUUCUCA